AUGUUUCGGAUUCCCAAGACUGUGUUUCGCCGGUUUGCCAGUUUCCAGGCCGGCCAGCCAAUCCACGAGACCAGGCCGCACCUUGUCCGGUCUGGCGAGCUGACCACCGGAAUCAGUGCCAUGGAGUAUUUCAACAGACGGCACAGACUCGCAGAGCAGAUGCCCGCACAGUCCUUGGCCAUCCUCCCAGGAAACACCGUCAAGUACGCUUCCGGGGCCGUGUUUUACCAUUUCCAGCAGAACAACGAUCUAUUUUAUCUGUCAGGAUGGCAGGAGCCGGAUUCAGUGCUGUUGUUGGAGAAACCCAACGAUAACCCAGAUUCGGUUAUCUUCCACAUGAUUGUUCCUCCCAAGGACGCCAAUGCAGAGUUAUGGGAAGGUACACGUACCGGGGUGGACGGCGUGCAGGAGAUAUUUAAUGCUGAUCGUGCUACAGAUAACCGCAACCUACACAGCUAUUUGCGCCCGUUAUUGAAUAACUACAGCAAAGUGUUAUACGAUUUCGACUCCCAGAAAAAGUCGUUGUUCAACAGGGUGUUCAGCUCAAGAGAUAAGCCGCCGCCAAGCAGAGAGACAAUAGAGACUCUUCUGCGUGAAGCAAACUGCCAGAUUAGUUCGCUGUCCAAAUACGUUACAGAGAUGCGGAAAGUGAAGUCGAAUGCUGAACUUAGAGUUAUGCGUAUGGCAGGUAAGAUCUCUGGAAGAGCGUAUAACCAGGCGUAUGCUAAACGGUUCCGCAGCGAAAAGGGUCUGCAUGCGUAUCUGGAAUACCGGUUCAUUUCCGGCGGGUGCGACAAGAGCGCAUACAUCCCGGUGGUAGCAGGAGGCACCAAUGCCCUGUGCAUCCACUAUACGCGGAACGACCAGCUGUUCAAAGGCGACGAGCUCGUGCUGGUGGACGCUGCCGGCAGUCUGGGCGGCUACUGCGCGGACAUCUCGCGGACGUGGCCCGUGAGCGGAAAGUUCACUCCUGCACAGGCAGAGUUAUACCAGGCCGUUUUGAACGUCGAACGCAAGUGCAUCGAGCUGUGCACACAGCGACAGGGUUUGGGGAUGUCUGAUCUGCACGACGAGAGCGUGCGGUUCAUGACUGCGGAGCUGCGAAACUGCGGCUUCCACGGUGUUUCCAGUUAUGAGGUUAUGCGCCACCUUUAUCCUCACUAUAUUGGCCACAAUCUGGGGCUAGAUGUGCACGACGUGCCGGGCCACGCCCGCGGAGCGUCGUUCGUGAAGGGCCAGGUGGUCACCGUCGAGCCCGGCGUGUACGUGCCGGACGACCCGCGCUGGCCUAAACACUUUCGUGGUCUGGGUAUCAGGGUCGAGGACGACGUGGCCGUUGGCGACGACAACUACGUCGUGCUGACCGCAGAAGCCGCCAAGGAGAUCGUCGACAUCGAGACGAUCGCCGAGCACGGCGUCACCACAAAGCUCGAGGACGAGGUGGUGGACGUGUGGGCAUUGUAA